CCUCAGAAAGCAGUUAUUUGCUCUGGUGGUUUCUGAAGAUGGCGGCGGCUAAGGACGGAUGUGGCCUAGAAACUGCUGCUGGAAACGGGCGGCGGCUCCACUUAGGGAUUCCUGAAGCAGUGUUUGUGGAAGAUGUAGAUUCUUUCAUGAAGCAGCCUGGGAAUGAGACUGCAGAUACAGUGUUAAAGAAGCUGGAUGAACAAUACCAGAAGUAUAAGUUUAUGGAACUCAACCUUGCUCAAAAAAAAAGGAGGCUGAAAGGUCAGAUUCCUGAAAUUAAACAGACUUUGGAAAUUCUGAAAUACAUGCAGAAGAAAAAAGAGUCUACCAAUUCAAUGGAGACCAGAUUCUUACUGGCAGAUAACCUGUACUGCAAAGCUUCAGUUCCUCCUACUGAUAAAGUAUGCCUAUGGUUGGGGGCUAAUGUAAUGCUUGAAUAUGAUAUUGAUGAAGCUCAGGCCUUGUUGGAAAAGAAUUUAUCAACUGCCACAAAGAAUCUUGAUUCUCUUGAAGAAGACCUUGACUUUCUUCGAGAUCAGUUUACUACCACAGAAGUCAAUAUGGCCAGGGUUUAUAAUUGGGAUGUAAAACGAAGAAACAAAGAUGAUUCUACCAAGAAUAAAGCAUAACACUGGCAAUUGAAAAUGUGAUUCAGGUUUUCAAACAUGUUAAAAAAGCCAAGGUUUAAAGAUUGAUCUAAUUUUCACUGAUUUUUUUUUUCACAGCAAGAUUAAAAUUUAAAAACACCGUUUUAUUUAUUUAUGAAAACAAAUUUACUUUCAAAUAGUUUAUGAAAUUAACAGUAUUUUUUUUCAUAUUUCCCUAAAAUGUAAUGCUGCUUUUGUUUUAUUUUAUCUGUUAUAAGACAACUCCUAACUGAAAUGGCCGAGAACUGUGAGGAAUGCUAUGGAAGCUGCUGAAUACUUGGCACCAGAGCAGUUUUCUUUUUCUUUAUUGAUUGAUAUUACUCUCACUGGAUAUGGUAAACCUUUUAGAGGCAGGAAAGACAUACAGUUCCAAUAUUUGUAAGCUUGUUCUUUAGUACUUGAAGGGCAUUAUCAUCUUUUGUUGCUGUUUUGUUCUGUAAAUGGGGUUUCAUGUAUUUCUGCCUAACCAGUAGCUUUUAUAAUACUCUGAACUUUUCAGAAAAUUGUUAUUUGCUUUCCUACACAGUAUGAGGGCUAUUGACAUACA